CACACCACGAUACAUCAUGGCAGAAAAGAAGAGGAAGAGACACGACGAUAGGAGCGAGCGACCGUCCAAAAAGACCACUAGUGUGCAACUGCCUUCCCGUGUGACGGUAGAUCUUGUGCGGAACAGUGAGCCGCUGGGUCCUGUGCUAGCAUCAACUCCCGGUCUAUCCUUCCCUUCCAAAAUCUCCCUCAAGCCCUACAAAUACAACCGCAUUCUCCCCGACCAAGAUUCUAGUUCCUCCUACGAACUCCUCCUCCAAUCCUCCUCCCACCCGAGAUUAGAUUACACUGCGCGCGAGGAGAAAGAUGGCAGCUCCGACAGCUUACUCAAAGAUUACAUCGGCGUCUUUGACCCCGCGACCGGCAAGCUCCAGGUCGUUGAAGUGCACAAAGUCACCGUCCGCAGCACAUUACGUAGUGAGACCGACGAGCUACGAGAAGAAUAUGAGAGGAUAACGGCCCAAAAAGAAUCAAUGACUGCGAGACGCCACGCUCUAGCCACAGAGUUCGGCUCCAAGAAGUCAAAGAAAGCCAUCGCUGGCAUCACCGAGAACGCAAUUGCUCGAGGUCGACCUGGAGAAACGAACGGCACGCCUGGCGAUGAUGCUGUAGCCUCUGUUGUUCUACAAGCCAUGAGUACCUCUGCCAUGCCCACUAAGGAAGAUCUACAGUCCUUGGUGAAUGACUCCAAACCAAGACCGAAAGCCAAUCUCGCCGCAGAAUAUCCGUCAGGUGUAUACUCUAUUGACACUAUUGUUGGCAAAGAGCUCAUGGGUAUGAUUGCCGUCAAAGAUUGGGUGGAGGCUGCGGAGAGUGGGAAUCCAGUCAAUGUGCAUAGUCGAUUCGUUGCCAAGCGAAUUGUUAAGCUGGUCAAGAGCAAGGAAAUCCAAAAGCUGAAGAUUCUACGCUUCAUACUUCUCUGUAUGGACUUCAAUGCUGCGCUGAAGACGAAGGGUAAAGGAGCGAAGCAGGUGCCGUUCAAGGACAAGCUGUUGCCUUUAAUGGGAGAAGGUGUUUCUCCUCCUGUUGUGGAUGCAAUUAGGAGGAACUUUGCUUCUGAGAACAACGAUAUGACACGUUGGCACAUUGACAACAUGAUGACACACAUCGCCGCCGCAUCGCUCAUCGUCGACAACUUCGAGGUCGACGUAAGUGACCUCCGUGAAGAUCUAAAAUUAGAAAACAAAGAAAUCAAGCAAUAUUUCCACGAGAUCGGCUGUAGAGUUGUCCAACCAACGGAAACGGAGAGGGCCAAACUCAAGAUCUCCAAAGCAGAGGCCGUGAACCAUUUCAUAGCGAAGUUGAAGAUUCCGUUAGCAUUUCCGAAAAUCAGCUCUGGCAAACGGAAGCGGUAGGGCUCUGUUCAGUUAUACCUAAAAGUCCGAUACCCAGAGGAGCCC